CAUUAUGACAAACCAAUGAAUUCAAAGGACCGAUUAGAACACUUAUUACGACAGGUCGACAAUAAGAAACUAAGCUCCAUGAUGCAACAUGAAUUUAAAAUCAUGCUUGUUGACCAACAACGGCUAGUGACGAUGCUCGAACAACGCUCUGAAUUACUCGAAAACGAAAAUGACGAACUCAAAGUAAUCAUUAAUGAUAAUCAGCGAAGAUACGAAAAAGCGGUUCGGGAAAUGCAGUUUUUUAAAAAGAAAUAUGAUGCACUCAAGCUAAAACAAAUUGAUUGCCGAGAAGAGAAUAGGCAACCAAGAACAAGGAAGGAUUCAAAUGCGGGAACUAGUAUAUACAGUUCUAUGGCACCAUCCAUGGUAUCUGGCGCCUCCUCCAUCAUGUCUGUGCCACUUCCCAUGUCACCCACACGUUCAAGCAUAUCUGCUACAGGAAGUUCUAUAAUUCAACAAAGGAGAACAGAUCCAUUAACGUUUGGUGGAUCAGAUGCCCUUUGGGAUACUAUAGCAAAAGGUCAAGGGAGUGAUGUGACAGUUGAAAAAAUCAUAAGUAAUUUCUUGCGUCGAGGUGGAUCACCAAAUACUGCCAAACAAUCACCUUCAGCAAAUACUGUCAAGUACGGAUUUGGAAUGAUUCAUGCCUUAAUUGUGACGAAAGCACCUGAUUCACUGGAUUUGCUUUUACAUCAAGGAGCAAAUGCAAAUGCUGUUACGAUGAGUCAGAUCGACGAGGAAAAGGUGUCACCAUGCUAUUUAGCAGCAAGCAUUGGUUGGUUAGCAGGCCUCGAAAAGCUUGUUUUGGCAGGUGGCGAUUUGAUGUCCGCUCGGGGAGGUGGAGCUAGAAAGAAGACAGCACUUCAUGUUGCAGCAGAAUUUGGUCAUGCAGCGGUUGUAGAAUACAUUGUGAACAUGACACAGGGUGUAUUAAAUCUGGAGACUGAUGUCAUUGGAGCAAACACAUUACAUUACGCUUGUAUGUCAGGAUAUUCAGAACUUGUUGCGUUUGUGAUUGAAGUGUGUCAGGUGCCAGCCAAUGAAAAAGAUCGUAGAGGGGAAUCCCCAUUACAUUGGGCAACGCGAAGUGGAAGGUUUGAGGUAGUUACUCUAUUGAUAGAGCGAUUCGGAUGUGAUGUGAACUCAUAUGUCAGCAAAAAAGUGAGCACGCCGUACGAUAUGGCUAAAUCAGCUGGACAUAAAAAGAUUGCGGAAUACUUGAAAAGCGCCGGAGGUCUUACAUCUAAAAAGAUGGAUAAGAGACGAGAUGAAGAACUAUCGAAUACUGUACCAAAGCACUUGGAAUCUGUUCUUACUAAAAACGGUUUCUUUAUGGAUAAAUAAUAAUAAAAAAAAAUAAACCUCGGUCGGAGUAACUAUCACAAGUAUUAAAUUUGGGUGAAAAAGCAUGGUUUUUCACCAGAAAUAGACCGUAUUGAUUGUCCACUGCACACACACUGUACUAAGGCACAAAGGGUAAAAGAAAAAAAAAAAGA